GUCUAAAGGCAAAGUUAGAAAAAGUUCAGCAAGCUCAAUAUAUAGAACCAGAAUCACCUACCACUUUUUAUGGAACCAUAAAUAGUAUUUAUGAGUCACCAAUUACUUAUGAACAUCCUGAUAGUCUUCAAACUUUUCCUUUCUCACCCAUUAAAGAGAAAGACGAGAUUAAUGAGAAUCCAAAUCUUGAAAUCAUCAAACCUAGUCAAAGACUUCCUAUAAUAUCGAUUGAUACGAUUAAAAGUCAAUUAGAACCUGAUGAAAUAGCAUUUUUCGAGGCUUUAGACAUAGAAUUAAAAAAAAUUAGUGAAUUUUAUGAAG